AUGACGCUGUUCACCAUCAACCUUCUUUACAACUUGCGUACCUCCAAUGCCAUUGAGUUUGACCUUGGGGACGAGUACGCCGGCACCUUUAAGGAGAAAUAUCUCAGAACAAUCAAGUCCAGAGACCAGCUAUAUACAGAUGAGUUCUAUCAGAAACUCACCGUCAUGGGCCAAAUUGACGACCUGGUGAACGAGCCCAUCGAACGCGUGUCCUUUAAUGAGACUCUAGACCCAAUUGACGUUCUCAAAGAAAAAUACCCAAACAGCGACGACUACACCGGCCUCGAUACCGCCCAGCAGGCACAGGUGUACCUGAGCGAUGUGCUUCCAAAGACAGGCUUUAAAUUCCGGCCUAUCCAAGAGACCAUCUACCGAGAUAUCUACAAUCCCAAAAACUAUCUUGAGUCCAGGCUGUCAAAAUGGGUGGCUCUGAAAGACAUCCUUUCGCCAGAGGAGAUGAACGAACUGGGCUUAACAGAUGAACUGUUCAAGUCAAAUCUGCUUAGAAUAAAGGAUCUCAAACUCAAGAUCAACGAAAACUCCUCGAGAGAAAUCCUCAAUACCUUGAACCACAUGAGAAUAGUGAAUAAGCUGUUUUUCCAGAACCCAGCUCCUUUCGAAAGUCCCGACAUGAACGACCUCUGUCGUGAGGCAACAAAGGCAGUGUAUCCUUGGCUUUCUGGAUUCUAUCCCACCUUCACAAAGUACAGCAAACGUAUGGACGAAGUCAACACCGAUGUUUUUGGGGAAGACGAUUCCACCUGCCUGCUGAAAAAAAUUCAGACAAAAUUGUCUGGACGAGGAAUUGUCAUCACUGCCUCAGACGGCCAAGUGCCGGAGUUGAGCGGACUGAUUGCGCUUCUCAGGGUUUCCGGAAACAAGCUUCCGAUCGAGAUUUUCCACAACAACGAUCUUAGUCUGACGUCCAUGAAGAAAUUGAUCGAAGUUGCCACAGACCCAAUCAUGAAACUGCCAAAGGGCACCAAAUUCACCAAACAGCCGACACAAGAUCUCACAUUUGUCGACGUCUCGAAAACUGUCAUCUUCCGCUACAAGCACUUCUUCCAAAGGUGGUACAUGAAACUGCUGGCCUGCUUGUUUAGCUCUUUUGAGGAGAUUAUUGUCUUGGACACAGAUACCGUUCCACUGCUUGGGAUUGAAGAAUACUUGCAACUGCCUGCUUACAGGGACACACAUACACUGUUUUUCAGAGACAGAGAAGCAAACUCGUUCCUAUACGAGGGAAUCAUGAAAUUUUUCAUUGAGUUCCUUAAUACUGACGCAGAGCGUGACUAUCUCCAGUUGAAGGUGCCUACAGAUGAGACUUUGCACAACAGAUUUUUCGGAGAGAAGGCAAGACACUACAUGGAGGCCGGCUUAUUUGCACUCAACAAAAAGGAAAAAUUUGAUGGCCUCUUGGUGGCUGCAUCGAUGCCAUUCUUCAAGUUGAUUUCGAACUCAGUCCAUGGAGAAAAGGAAUUUAUCUGGCUCGGUCAAGAGUUCAUGGGCCGCACCUAUAGGUUCAAUUCGCAUCCAGCUGUCGCCGUAGGCUCGUUGACGGACAAAAAACGUCAACUGGUUGCAAAUGAGCUGUGCUCGACGCAUCCAGGACAUAUUUCCGACGACGCCAAGAGCUUGCUCUGGUUCAAUUCAGGAUUUUUAACCUGCAAACGUCCAGACUCGUACUAUAAAGAUAUCAACUACGAAAGGAACGAAGGAAAGGACCUGCUGCAACUGAAGAAAGAAUACAUUUCUCCAUUGCACAUCACAAGCGCGCUCAUUCCUCCUCCUGCAGAAUACAAUCUUGAUACCGGAGAUGGAGAGCCAACACGUGGAUGGGUGAUGACGUCGCAGUGUGAGAAUUAUCUCUGGUGUGCCUACGAUGUUAUUGGCGGGGGAAAGAAUGAGAAGAUCCCAAAGGGACAAGUCAUUUCCUUUAGUUCCCAGGACACCGAGAAAUGGGACAAGCUAGGAGAAAUUUGGGUAACUUACUUCAAGCUUGCCAGCAAAGGCACCAAGACGGACUUGGGUUAUGUUGAAGACGAUGCAUUUGACGAGCUGGGCUUGGACAAGAUGCCUUUCGGAGAGGAGGAAGACACAGGAAAUACACACCAGAGAGGUGGAUUUGCAUCAUCCAGUGGCUCUUUUGGAGGAGCCACCAAAGCGGGCAAAAAGGGCAGCAGUGCUCCAGAGCAAAAGGGUUCGGGUAUGAAGAUCAAAAAACCAGUCAAAGGACAGGAUUCCAAUGACGCUCUAGAUUACGAGGAGUACGACGAGUCUAAAAAGACGGCGGCUGCAGGCUCAAAGAAAAAAACCGGUAGCUCCAGAAAGACUACACUGAACGAUGACGAUGCCGAUUAUUUUGAAACUGAUGGCUCUGAAAUGAGCAAAGGUUAUAAAGAAACUGACGAUUUCGAUUCGGUGGUGAUCGAUGACGAGUUCUCACGGGAGGCGGCCGAUGAGUCCAGCUCAUUGUCUAGGGCCGGAAAGAACAUCAACGAGUUCUUUAAUGCGUUUGGGUUUGGGUCACGAAACAAGAUUGACUCCUCAAAAUUAUCUUCCUAUGCCGACGACUCAGAGAUAGACCUGGAAUCUUAUGUCGCCGAAAAAGAUGAAUCGAAUUCAGAAAAGGAUGUUCUCAGCGAAGAACUUCUAAGGGAAAUGCAAUCUGAGGCCGCUCAGGAUUAA